GCCCCCACAACCAAACAUUGACUGCUCAGAUCCGCAAACUAGCAGCUUGUUGAGAAUCUCAUCGCUUUAAAACUACCGCCUCCUGUUAAUUUACACCCUAAAUCAUUUGGAUAAACCUGUCCUUGACAAAAAUUCAGCAGCCGAUUACUUUCACUGUCGGCCAGUAGAGUGAAUGGGAGCGCUUAGGUGACAUCACGGAUCGACGGGCGUGCAAUCUGAUUUCUGAAGGGAAAAAGCUGAAACGCUUCCGCCUUGUGAAUAGAAAAAGAAGGACGGGGGGCACCCGCGCUGUUUUUCCUUGCGAAGAUGGCGGCCCCUGUUCUAGCCAGCCGGACAGGAUCCGUCAACAGCGUCGGGAACAGCCCGACUGCAACGCCCAAUAACCCGAAUAACAAUAACAAAAUCAUUCCCAGCUACCCCGAGCUCGAUUUCAGAUCAGGCGCGAGGAUUGAGGAAUUGAACAAGCUGAUCCAGGAAUUCAGCAAACACGAUCAACGCGAAUAUGACGACCAGAGAGCCUUGGAAAUCCACACCGCUAAGGACUUCAUCUUCUCUAUGCUUGGAUUGGUUCAGAAACUGGACCAGAAACUGCCAGUGGCGAAUGAGUACCUCCUGUUGUCGGGUGGGGUGCGGGAGGGUGUGGUGGACAUGGACCUGGACGAGCUCAAUGUCUAUGCCAGGGGGACGGACUUCGACCUGGACUUCACGCUGCUGGUGCCCGCGCUCAAGCUGCACGACCGCAACCAGCCGGUCACGCUGGACAUGCGGCACUCCGCCCUCUGCCACUCCUGGCUCAGCCUGCGCCUCUUCGACGAGGGCACCAUCAACAAGUGGAAGGACUGCUGCACCAUCGUCGACCACAUCAACGGCACCACCAACUACUUCUUCUCGCCGACGCUGGUGGCGGACUGGUUCUACGAGUCCAUCAGCGUGGUGCUGCUGGAGGUGCAGAAGAAGCCGCAGCGCGGCAUGCCCAAGGUGGAGAAGGUGGAGAAGAACGGCACCAUCAUCUCCGUCAUCCUCGGGGUGGGCAGCAGCCGCAUGCUCUACGACAUCGUGCCCGUGGUCUCCUUCAAGGGCUGGCCGGCCGUGGCGCAGAGCUGGCUGAUGGAGAACCACUUCUGGGACGGCAAGAUCACAGAGGAGGAGGUGAUCAGCGGCUUCUACCUGCUGCCGGCCUGUUCCUGCACGGGCAGGAAGGAGAACGAGUGGCGCCUGUCGUUCGCCCGCAGCGAGGUGCAGCUGAAGAAGUGCAUCUCCAGCAGCCUGAUGCAGGCCUACCAGGCCUGCAAGGCCCUCAUCAUCAAACUGCUGUCCAGGCCCAAAGCCAUCAGCCCCUACCACCUGCGCAGCAUGAUGCUCUGGGCCUGCGACAGGCUCCCGGCCAACUACCUGGCCCAGGAUGACUUCUCCGCCCACUUCCUGCUGGGCCUCAUCGACGACCUGCAGCACUGCCUGGUCAACAAGAUGUGCCCCAACUACUUCAUCCCGCAGUGCAACAUGCUGGAGCACCUGUCGGACGAGACGGUCAUGCUGCACGCGCGCAAGCUCUCCUCGGUGCGCUCCGACCCGGCGGAGCACCUGCGCACCGCCAUCGAGCAUGCCAAGGCCGCCAACCGGCUGACCCUGGACCUGCAGCGGCGCGGCAGCUCGGCCAGCCUGCCCUCGCCGCAGUCCGACUCCGGCGACCACCAGCCUGAUGACCGGCUGGCCAAGAAGCUGCAGCAGCUGGUGACGGAGAACCCGGGGAAGUCCAUCUCUGUGUUCAUCAACCCCGAUGACGUCACUCGGCCGCACUUCCGCAUCGACGACAAGUUCUUCUGAGCCGCGGGCGUCCUCUCCGCUUCGUCUGCCCUGGUGACGCGGUUUCCCCCGGUGAUGGUUUCCUCAGUGGUGGUUCCCCUGGUGACGUUUGCUGUAGAGCUUUGUGAAGUGAGUUGUCCUGUGGUGCCAUUCCAUUUCACUCUCUCCCCCAACAGACCCGCACCCCCCCCACCUACC